UGAAAAUUUUCCGCGCAAUGAAGGAACUUUUGUCAAUUUACACGGAUUCGCUUAUUGGCUACGACAGUGUUAUCUGUUUACAGACGAAGGUAUUGUUACUAUCGAUUCGCUUGUAAAUUACGAAAUGUUAAUUCAUGCCGCGAAUCUCACGCGAUGCUAUGAUCAAACUCGUUGCUUUCGAGCGUGUUCCAUACGCCGCCGGAAGAAGAAGGAAAGGAAGACCUGCAAGUAGGAGCCACCGCGCGUAUCCAGCCACUUUCAUUGUUAUUCGAUCUGCCUUGAUUCGAAGGCGCAAACGGAAUACUCUAUUCUCAUCUUCCAAAGAAACUACAAGACUUGCCCAACUAUUGGAAACAAUUAAUCACGCUCGGAGGCAUCAGUAAUGUCGGCGUUCAAGGUACCCACGAUUUUGUUGUUGAUGUUUUCGUCGGUCAGUUUCGCUCGCACAAAUAUUGGAAAUUGGGAAACCUGCGGAGGAAGAUUGGAACGUGCCUUGGAUGCGCUUCACAGAGACUCCGUUAGAAGAAACAGACUGGAGGAAGAGGAGGAGGCGGGGACGUCUUAUCAACAAGAACUCCGUUCUGUACCACUCGAGAUGUCAGUCUCACGGAUUGCUGUUAAACUACCACAAAGUGCCACCGACACUGGUAACCCGUGGGCCAGAGUAGAGAAAUGCGUCUACGAACCGAGUAACAACUCUCUCCAAACACGAGUGAUGUUCAACGACCUCUCAGUUUCUGGUAUGGUGUCACUGACGCCGCGGAACCAUCAGCCACCAAUUCCAACCGAAUCUUGCAAGAUGACUCUGAGACUGAGACGAGCUGGUAUCGAUUUCUUGACCAACCCUAUUGCCCGCGGCAGAGGGCAAAUGCGAAUUCGAACAGAGUCCAGCUUCCUGGAACCAAGAUUUGCCUCCAUUUACGCCUAUGGUUGUCACACGCGACGCUUAGAUAAACAGAUCAAGAGACAAGAUAAAUGGCCGCCAUUUUAUCCGCCUCGCGACGAGUUGACAGUGUUAUCUCUGAUACCAACCAACGACCACGAUGCAGCGGAACCACGUCAGCUGAUGGGCGUUUCUAAGGAAGUGGAUGUUGUCAUUCCGGACGAAACUCAUCAGUCUCGGUUCCUGAGUCCACUAGUUUCAAAAUUGGGCAUUUGGCGGAAAAAUGUUUGGCUUACGAAAUCACCAUCCCGCGAGAGGAGGGAUCUCUUGAAAGCCAAUUUUCUCGAAGGUUCCUCGAGGGCUCUCCGCUUUCCAGGAUCUGUGAAAACCAACAAGGGAACCGGUUAUUAUUUAACGAGAGUUUCCAGAUCAACGGCAACAAUCACUCCUCAAGAUUUCGUCACCGCGUUAACCAAAAAGAAGCUCGAAACGAACGAAACCUACAAUUGUACUGUAUGUCAGGAGAAUUUGGAAGACGCUACAAAGAAGUUUGUGAGACAGUCGAACAACAGUGGGCCGAAGACCAAUUUUAAGAGAGAGUAUAACUAUCAUGCAACUGACAACGAUGAUCCAAAGGAGACUAGGCAGCUGUAUGUCGAUGAAAAUUUGGACAUUGUCUUUCCAUUUGAUCUGGAGAAUGACAGCAGAGGCUGGCAGUCCAAAGAGUAUGUAGCCAGAGAAAUGGAGGAUGUGUUUUUGAGAGGUGCCAGCCAGGCCUUGACCAGAUACAUUGAAAAACAGCUCCAUCCAGCUAUCAAAGAGACUCUUAUGCUCUCCAUGGGAUACACCAUCAGCUAUGGAUAACGCACCCUUCGUCUCUGUCUAUCGUUAGUAAUUCUUAGAGUACUUUCAGUACU